UUUCAGAUGAAGGCAUUGAAGCUUGUACAAAUUCUCCUGACAAAGUCAAUAUAAAUGACAUCAUCAUGAUUGCUCUCAAUACAGAUCUGAGAACAAUUGGCAAGAAAUUCCUCCCCAGUGACAUCAAUGGUGGAAAGGUAGAAAAGCUUGAAGGUCCAUGUGUUCUGCAGAUUCAAAAAAUUCGCAAUGUUGCUGCACCAAAGGAUAAUGAAGAAUCUCAGGCUGCGCCAAGAAUGCUGCGUUUACAGAUGACCGAUGGUCAUAUAAGUUGCACAGCAGUAGAAUUCAAUUAUAUGUCAAAAAUAAGCCUGAACACACCACCUGGAACUAAAGUUAAGCUCUCAGGCAUCAUUGACAUAAAAAACGGAUUCCUGCUCUUGAAUGACUCUAAUACCACAGUUCUUGGCGGUGAAGUGGAACACCUUAUUGAGAAAUGGGAGUUACAGAGGAGCUUAUCAAAACAUAAUAGAAGCAAUAUUGGGACUGAAGGUGGACCACCUCCUUUUGUGCCUUUUGGACAGAAGUGUGUAUCUCAUGUCCAAGUGGAUAGCAGAGAACUUGAUCGAAGAAAGACGUUGCAAGUUACAAUGCCUGUCAAACCUUCAAAUGAUAAUGAUGAAUUUGAAAAGCAAAGGACUGCUGCUAUUGCAGAAGUUGCAAAGAGCAAAGAAUCUAGACUUUUCAAGGAGAUUUUGGGUUCUGGCAUCCGUACAGUGGACUUUCCUAUUUGGGUUACAAGACAGUAUAUAGUUAAAAAGUUAUACCUUGCGUUAUUUAUGGGCCAUCAGCAUAGCUUUUCUCUUCCCCCUUUACAGGUUGAUGAGAAGGCUCUGAAGCACAUAACAGAAAUGGGCUUCAGUAAGGAAGCAUCGAGGCAAGCUCUUAUGGAUAAUGGCAACAACUUAGAAGCUGCAUUGAAUGUACUUCUUAAUAGCAAUAAACAGAAACCUGUUACGGGUCCACCUCUGAGAGGUAAAGGAAAAGGCAGGGGGCGAAUAAGAUCUGAAGAUGAAGAAGACCUGGGAAGUGCAAGGCCAUCAGCACCGAGCACAUUAUUUGAUUUCUUAGAGUCUAAAAUGGGAACUUUGAAUGUGGAAGAACCUAAAUCGCAGCUGCAGCAACUUCAUCAGGGACAACAUAGAUUUUCGAAUAUGGAGCAAAAUGGAGUAAGAGAUAAUAACCAACCAAGACAUCUUCCUCGAAAUGAUACCAGGCAGCUAAGAAAUGAAAAGCCUCCUCGUUUUCAAAGAGACACCCAAAAUUCAAAGUCCGUUUUUGAAGGCUGUGGAUUACCUAGAAACAGAGGUUCUGAAAAACCAACUUCUUCAGUAUCUGAAGUAUGGGCUGAAGAGAGAAUCAAGUGUGAUAGACCAUAUUCUAGAUAUGACAGAACUAAAGAUACUUCAUAUCCUUCAAGUUCUCAGCACAAUGAUGGUGCUUUUAAAAAAAGAGAUAACUCUAUGCAAAGCAGACCAGGAAAAGGUCCAUCCUAUGCAGAGGCAAAAGAAAAUCCACUUCCUCAAGAAUCCAUAGAUUAUAAUAAUCAAAAACGUGGGAAAAGAGAAAACCAACCAGCAAAUCUUGAUCAUUUUUAUGACAGAAAACCACGAACAAUGAGUAAUGAAGCUUUUAGUGGUGUAAAAACUGAAAAACAUUUUAAUGUAAAUACUGAUUACCAGAAUCCUGUCAGCACUAAUAGCUUCAUUGGUGUUCCAAAUGGAGAGACAGAAAUGCCACUGAAGGGGAGGCGAGUAGGACCUAUUAAGCCAGCAGGACCCAUCGCAGCUACUCCCUAUGAUGAUAAAAUAUUUUAUAAUAGUGGGCCCAAAAGAAGAUCUGGGCCAAUUAAACCUGAAAAAAUCAUAGAAUCAUCUAUUCCUAUGGAGUAUGCAAAAAUGUGGAAACCUGGAGAUGAAUGUUUUGCACUUUAUUGGGAAGACAACAAGUUUUACCGAGCAGAAGUUGAAGCUCUCCAUUCUUCGGGCAUGACAGCAGUUGUUAAAUUCAUUGAUUAUGGAAACUAUGAAGAGGUGCUGCUAAGCAACAUCAGGCCAGUUCAAACAGAGGCAUGGGAAGAAGGCACUUACGACCAAACUCUGGAGUUCCGAAGAGGAGGUGAUGGCCAGCCAAGACGAUCAACUCGGCCGACCCAGCAGUUUUACCAACCUCCCCGGGCUCGGAACUAACACAGAAAGGGUCUUCAUGAAGAAAGGAGCCGUUGAUCGAAAGAUCCCAGGCAGAACCUGUUGAUAGACCUCCUAUUUUCCCUUCAGAAUAAGAUGCAGCCAUGGUGGAUAUUAGUAUUUGAAGGAA